AUGGGUGAUGCCCUGAUGGCCGAGUUUGGGAAGGCUGCUCCCUACCUGAGGAAGUCAGACAAGGAGCGUCUGGAGGCUCAGACAAGACCUUUUGAUAUCAAAGUUGAAUGUUUUGUAGUUGACGAUAAAGAGGAAUAUGUGAAGGGACAAAUCCAGAGCAAAGAUGGAGGGAAGGUGACUGUCAGGAAGGAUGAUGGAACAACGGUGACAGUAAAGGACUCCGAUGUUCACCCCCAGAACCCGCCGAAGUUCGAUAAAAUUGAAGACAUGGCAAUGUUCACAUUUCUCCAUGAGCCUGCUGUGCUGUUUAACCUCAAAGAGCGUUAUGCAGCUUGGAUGAUCUACACCUAUUCUGGGCUUUUUUGCGUCACUGUUAACCCCUACAAGUGGCUCCCUGUCUACGACGCUGAGGUGGUGUCAGCCUACAGGGGAAAGAAGAGAAGUGAGGCUCCUCCUCAUAUUUUCUCAAUCUCUGAUAAUGCCUACCAGUACAUGCUAACUGACAGGGAGAACCAGUCUGUCCUUAUCACUGGAGAAUCCGGAGCAGGAAAGACUGUGAACACCAAAAGAGUCAUCCAGUACUUUGCCAGCAUUGCUGCAGUCGGGGGAGGAGGCAAAAAAGACACCAGCAAGGGGACACUGGAGGAUCAAAUCAUCCAGGCGAAUCCAGCGCUGGAGGCAUUUGGCAACGCCAAAACAGUAAGAAAUGACAACUCAUCUCGGUUUGGAAAAUUCAUCCGAAUUCAUUUUGGCACCAGUGGCAAAUUGUCAUCUGCUGACAUCGAGACAUACCUGCUGGAGAAGUCACGUGUCACCUUUCAGCUCAAGGCUGAGAGGAACUAUCACAUCUUCUACCAGAUUCUGUCCAAUCAGAAGCCAGAGCUGCUGGACAUGUUGCUCAUUACUAACAACCCAUAUGACUACUCCUACAUCUCCCAAGGAGAGGUAAUAGUCGCCUCCAUCAAUGAUGCAGAGGAACUGAUGGCUACUGACAGUGCCUUCGAUGUGCUCGGCUUCACUUCAGAGGAGAAGAUGGGCGUCUAUAAGUUGACGGGUGCCAUCAUGCACUACGGAAACAUGAAAUUCAAACAGAAGCAGCGAGAGGAGCAGGCUGAACCUGACGGGACAGAGGCGGCAGAUAAAUCAGCUUACUUAAUGGGGCUGAAUUCCGCUGACCUCAUCAAAGGGCUGUGCCAUCCCAGAGUCAAGGUAGGGAAUGAAUAUGUCACCAAAGGUCAAAGUGUGGACCAAGUAUACUACUCCAUCGGUGCUCUGGCUAAGUCAGUGUAUGAGAAGAUGUUCAACUGGAUGGUGGUGAGAAUCAACCAGUCACUGGACACUAAACAGCACCGUCAGUACUUCAUAGGAGUGCUGGACAUCGCUGGAUUUGAGAUCUUUGAUUUCAACACAUUUGAGCAACUGUGCAUCAACUUCACCAAUGAGAAACUGCAACAGUUUUUCAACCAUCACAUGUUUGUUCUUGAGCAAGAAGAAUACAAAAAAGAAGGAAUCGACUGGGAGUUCAUUGACUUUGGGAUGGAUUUGCAGGCCUGUAUUGACCUGAUUGAGAAGCCUCUGGGCAUCAUGUCAAUAUUAGAAGAGGAAUGCAUGUUUCCUAAAGCCAGUGACCAGACCUUCAAGUCAAAGCUCUAUGACAAUCACCUGGGCAAAAACAAAAUGUUUGAGAAGCCGAGGGCAGCAAAAGGAAAAGCAGAGGCACAUUUUGCCCUGGUUCACUAUGCUGGCACGGUGGACUACAACAUCACCGGCUGGCUGGUCAAAAACAAAGACCCCUUGAAUGAAACUGUGGUUGGUCUUUUUCAGAAAUCCUCUCUUAAACUUCUUAGUCUGCUAUUUUCAAGCUAUUCUGGAGCUGAUAGUGGAGACAAAGGAGGUGGCAAAGGAGCCAAGAAGAAAGGCUCCUCAUUUCAGACAGUGUCUGCUCUUCACAGGGAAAACUUGAGCAAGCUGAUGAAUAAUCUGAAGACUACUCAUCCCCACUUUGUCCGCUGUCUGAUUCCUAAUGAGAAGAAAACUCCAGGAGUCAUGGACAACUGCCUUGUGAUGCACCAGCUGCGGUGUAAUGGUGUCCUAGAAGGGAUCAGGAUCUGCAGGAAGGGUUUCCCAAACAGGGUCCUUUAUGGUGACUUUAAGCAGCGCUACAGGAUCCUGAAUGCUUCUGCCAUCCCAGAAGGUCAGUUCAUUGACUGCAAAAAAAGUGCUGAAAAGUUGCUGGGGUCCCUGGACAUUGACCACACUCAGUACAAGUUUGGCCACACAAAGGUUUUCUUUAAAGCCGGUCUGCUAGGAACUCUGGAGGAGAUGCGAGAUGAGCAGCUCUCUCGAAUCAUCACCAGGAUCCAAGCCAAUGCUCGUGCCAUUCUUAUGAGGGCACAGUUUGCUAAGCUUGUGGAACGUAGGGAUGCUCUAAUGGUCAUCCAGUGGAACCUUCGGUCUUUUCUGGGUGUGAAGAACUGGCCAUGGAUGAAGCUCUUCUUUAAAAUUAAACCUCUGCUAAAGAGUGCUGAGUCUGAGAAGGAGAUGGCCAACAUGAAGGAUGAAUUCAACAAGUUGAAAGAAGCUCUGGAGAAAUCAGAAGCAAGACGGAAGGAACUAGAGGAGAAAAUAGUGACUCUUCUCCAAGAGAAGAAUGAUCUGACUCUUCAAAUUCAAUCUGAACAGGACACUUUAACAGAUGCAGAAGAACGCUGUGAACAGCUUAUAAAAAGCAAAAUUCAGCUGGAGGCCAAGCUGAAAGAGAUGGCUGAAAGACUGGAGGAUGAAGAGGAGCUGAACGCUGAUCUUACAGCAAAGAAACGAAAGCUUGAAGAUGAAUGCUCUGAGCUGAAGAAGGAUAUAGAUGACCUCGAGCUAACUUUAGCCAAGGUGGAAAAAGAGAAACAUGCUACAGAGAAUAAGGUGAAAAACCUAACAGAGGAGAUGGCUUCUCAGGAUGAGAACAUCAUGAAGCUGACCAAAGAGAAGAAGGCACUUCAGGAAGCUCACCAGCAGACACUGGAUGACCUGCAGAGUGAAGAAGAUAAAGCCAACAGCUUGACAAAAGCCAAAGCUAAACUAGAGCAACAGGUGGAUGAUCUGGAGGGCUCACUGGAGCAAGAGAAAAAAGUCAGAAUGGACCUUGAGCGCUCAAAGAGGAAGCUUGAAGGAGACGUGAAACUGACCCAGGAGAGCUUGAUGGACUUGGAGAAUGACAAGCAACAGCUCGAGGAAAAACUGAAGAAAAAAGACUUUGAGAUCACCCAAGUAACUUCAAGACUCGAAGAUGAGCAGGUUGCUUCGGUUCAGCUACAGAAGAAGCUGAAAGAAAACCAGGCAAGAAUUGAGGAGCUUGAGGAAGAGCUGGAUGCUGAGCGUGCAGCCCGGGCCAAAGUGGAGAAGCAGCGCUCCGAUCUCCGAGAGCUGGAGGACAUCAGCGAACGUCUGGAGGAAGCUGGUGGAGCCACAUCAGCUCAGGUGGAACUGAAUAAGAAGAGAGAUGCUGAAUUUCAGAAGCUGCGCAGAGAACUGGAGGAAUCCACCCUCCAACACGAGUCUAUUGCUGCAUCUCUGAGAAAGAAACAUGCCGACAGUGUUGCUGAACUGGGAGAACAGAUCGAUAAUCUGCAACGUGUAAAGCAGAAACUUGAGAAGGAAAAGAGUGAGCUGAAGCUGGAGCUGGAUGACUUGUCUUCUAACAUGGAGAGUGUGGUGAAGACCAAGUCAAACAUUGAGAAGAUGUGCCGCACAAUGGAAGACAACAUGAAUGAGUACAAGUGUAAAUAUGAAGAGGCUCAACGGAGCAUCAAUGACUUGACAACCCAGAGAGCCAAGCUUCUCACAGAGAAUGGUGAGUUUGGACGCCAGCUGGAGGAAAAAGAGUGUCUGAUAUCACAACUAACCAGAGGAAAGAACUCCUACAACCAGCAGGUUGAAGAUCUACGCAGACAGCUGGAGGAAGAAGUGAAGGCCAAGAAUGCCCUCGCCCAUGCUGUUCAGUCUGCCCGUCAUGACUGUGAUCUGCUCCGAGAGCAGUUCGAAGAAGAGCAGGAAGCCAAAGCUGAGCUGCAAAGAGCCCUGUCCAAGUCCAACACUGAGGUUGCAGCAUGGAGGACUAAAUAUGAAACUGAUGGGAUCCAAAGAACAGAGGAGCUGGAAGAAGCAAAGAAGAAGCUGGUUCAGAGACUGCAGGAGGCCGAGGAAGCCAUCGAGGCUGUGAACGCAAAGUGUUCAUCUCUCGAGAAGACCAAACACCGCCUUCAAAAUGAGAUUGAAGACCUGAUGCUGGACCUUGAGAGAUCUAAUGCAGCAUCUGCAGCACUAGACAAAAAACAAAGAACCUUUGACAAAGUCUUGGUAGAGUGGAAGCAAAAGUUUGAAGAGUCACAAUGUGAAUUAGAGGCCUCCCAGAAGGAGGCUCGGUCUCUGAGCACUGAACUUUUCAAACUGAGGAAUGCUUAUGAGGAAUCACUGGAUCAACUUGAGACCAUGAAGAGAGAGAACAAGAACCUCCAAGAGGAGAUCUCUGACCUUACUGAUCAGCUUGGAGAAGGCGGACGGAGUGCACAUGAACUUGAAAAGAUCAGAAAGCAGCUUGAACAAGAAAAGGCUGAGCUCCAGUCAGCUCUGGAGGAGGCAGAAGGUUCUUUAGAACACGAAGAAAGCAAGAUCCUCCGAGCCCAGCUAGAGUUCAACCAAGUGAAGGCUGACAUGGAGCGCAAAGUGGCUGAGAAAGAUGAGGAAAUGGAGCAGGCCAAAAGGAACUACCAACGGAUGCUCGAUUCUCUUCAGUCUUCUUUGGAAUCUGAGACCAGGAGCCGAAAUGAGGCCCUUAGAGUGAAGAAGAAGAUGGAGGGUGACCUGAAUGAAAUGGAGAUCCAGCUGAGCCAAGCUAACAGGCAAGCAGCUGAUGCCCAGAAACAGCUCAAGACCCUGCAGGCGUUCCUAAAGGACACUCAGCUCCAGCUGGACGAUAGCCAACACGGCAAUGAUGAUCUGAGAGAAAACAUCGGUCUGCUUGAACGGCGUAACAACCUGAUCCAGGCUGAGCUGGAAGAAGUGAGGGCCGCUCUUGAACAGACGGAGAGAAGUCGGAAACUGGCUGAACAGGAGCUGACUGAUGCAACAGAGCGGAUGCAGCUCCUCCACUCCCAAAAUACCAGUCUGAUCAACCAGAAGAAGAAACACGAAACUGACCUCCUCCACCUGCAGAAUGAGAUGGAGGAGGCUAUACAGGAGAAUCGCAAUGCUGAGGAGAAAGCAAAGAAGGCCAUCACAGAUGCAGCCAUGAUGGCUGAGGAGUUGAAGAAGGAGCAGGACACCAGCGCACAUCUGGAGCGCAUGAAGAAAAACAUGGAGCAGACCAUCAAAGACCUGCAGCAUCGUCUGGACGAGGCUGAGCAGAUCGCUAUGAAGGGCGGCAGAAAGCAGCUCCAGAAACUGGAGGCUCGCAUCAGAGAGCUGGAGAAUGAGCUAGAGAUAGAGCAAAAGAGAGGAACAGAGUCCAUUAAGGGGGUUCGCAAGUAUGAACGGCGAAUCAAAGAGCUCACCUACCAGACUGAGGAAGACCGCAAGAACAUGGCUCGCCUUCAAGACCUGGUGGACAAGCUGCAGCUCAAGGUCAAGUCCUACAAACAUGCAGCUGAGGAGGCAGAGGAGGCAGCCAACAGCAACAUGGCUAAACUCCGCAAGCUGCAGCACGAGCUGGAGGAAGCUGAGGAGAGGGCCGACAUAGCUGAGUCACAAGUGAAUAAGCUGAGGGCGAAGACCAGGGACGGAGCCUCCAAGAAGGGCCUGGAUGAGUGA